AGCGGUUAUUUGGGAAGAUAUGGUGCUCUCCGUGAAGAAGACCCUGGCGCUGGCGCUGUGCGCGUCCACGCUGGCCGCCUGCGAGGUGUCGGCGCUGCGCCCGCACCCGCGCCGCGCGCUGUCGGGCAUCCACCACACGACCAAGUACGCGCCCAAGGUGGUGCAGCAGCCCAAGGGCGCGCCCCCAGCGACGCCUGGCGACGACUCGGAGUCCUACGACUCGUACGACUCGUACGACCUGGACGGCUCGGACUCGGCCGACGUGACGCUGCAGGGCUCCGAGGAGCUCGACAUCUCCAGCUCGCAGGACCUGGACCUGGACUUCAGCGGCGAGGGCGACCUGGACGUGGACCUGGGCCCCGGCGAGGACCUCGACUACAGCGGCGAGGGCGAGCAGGACCUGGACCUGAGCUCGUCGGGCGACCUGGACUUCUCGGCCGACGCCAGCCUGGACGCCAGCGGAGAGUUGGACACGGAGAUCCAGUUCGAGGACGGCUCCGUGGACCUGGAGUUGGAGGACUCGGAGGACUACAGCCAGGAGCUCGACUUCGAGGACGACGAGGUCGUAGACGAGGUCAUCGACGUGCCCGAGGGCGCCAAGUCCAUCCACCUGCGCGUGCACCGCGGCAACGUGGACCUGGACAUCAUCAAGGGCGCCAAGCCGCGCGCCAAGAAGCAGGCCCAGCCCGAGCCCAAGAAGGAGGAGGAGGCCGCGCCCGAGCAGAAGAAGGAGGAGGUGGCCACCGCCUCCACCGAGACCAAGGAGGAGAGCGUGUCCUUCGCCACCGAGGCCAAGGACUGGAUCGAGGACAAGAGCCACAACGGCGCCUUCGUUGGCAGCCUCAUCGGCGCGGCUGUGGGCAUCGUGGGCGUGGCCGGUGUGGCCAUUGCCAAGAGCCGCAAGCGCGCGUCCGAGAAGUCGGACGUGGAGGCCGGCGUGACGGCGCUCACCGAGGACGCCGCCGUGGAGGAGGAGGAGAAGAAGUCGAGCGUCGUGGAAGGUUCAGUGUAAGUUGGUAUCGCGCAGAGCUCAGACAGACGAUGGGUGGAUGGUGCACAUGCAACGAGUAACGAAUCGUAGCUCCGGUAUAUUCUAUGAUGGCAAGGUGUCGCCUUCGACGAGCGCGCCGCUCCGCCGGAAGAUCGCAGCGGCGGGCGGUCCUCUUUCUCUAAAUCUCCGUCAAAUUUAUAUUUUUCAACAUCUU